UUUGAAUGCGCGGCUAUGGCGACGAUGGGGAUGGCGCUCGACGGCGCCGGCGCCGCUAGGGCCAGCGCUGCUCGAUUGUCGCGGCGCCUAGCUCCAGCGGAGGUGAGCGCGUCUGGUCUAGGUUCUUUCCGCGGAGCGAACAUCUCCGGCGGCGGCGCGAGGUCGGGGAUGAGAUUUCCGCGAGCAGGGAAGGUUUUGGAGGAUUUGAGCCUCUGCCAGGUCCUAGCGGAGAAAUCCGCCAGCGGCGGCAGCAGCGGGGAUGACAAGGUCGAAAAGGAGGGAUUUUGGAGCAGGAUAAGCAGGGCUUGGAAGAUCUUGUUUCCUCCAAGGCAAGCCAUGUCCAAUGCGCAGCUUGCCAAGCGGAGGCUCAAGAUGAUCCUCAUCUCCGACCGCUGCUCCGUCACCGACGAGGCCAAGCGCAAGAUCCUUGACAACAUUGUGGGCGCUCUGGCCGACUUUGUGGAGAUCGAGUCCGAGGACAAGGUCGAGCUCAACGUUUCCAGCAAUUCCGAGCUUGGAACGCUCUACUAUGUCACCGUACCCGUGCGAAGAGUGAGGCCAGAGUUUCAGGACUACAGCAAGGACAUGGAAAGCUCAUGGUGCUUGGAAUCCUCUGGUCUGUUUCAAUCCAGCUCUCCGGAGUAACGCAACGCUUCAAGGAAAUGACCACUGGCCAGGUCCAUCCCGCAUCGCGUGAUUCACAGAACAAUUCAUUCUUCGUCGAUUCGCUCGACAUUGCUAUUCGGUAAUUUUCUUUUUAGAAAAAUAGACAAAGUUCUUCCA